AUGAACCUCUUCCGAGCACCGGCCGCUCGUGCGGCAAAGACUCUCGAUAGGUCACUCUUCGCAAAGACGCUUAAUUCUGCAGCGGCGUCUAUCAAAGAGAAUAAGCUUCUUUCCAAGUAUCGCAAAGAGCUUGAAAAGACAAAUGAGAUUCUCUUCAUGGAGAGAUUUAACGCAAUCCUGCCUGACCCUGACCCUUUGCUUGCUUCAGAGGGCAAGAAGUGUAUAGUUUUGGCUCCUCAGAUCAAGCACGCAUCUCCAGAGACAUGGAGUCCCAUUCUGCAAGAAGCCGCCAAAGCUGGUGAUAUCAAGGUGGUCCCUUAUGAUAUUGAGAUUGGUUAUGAGUUCUGGUCAUACUUUGAUGUUAUAAAGUCGAUUCUCCCAGAGGAACUCCAUGAGGAGAUCCCUAGUGGCUUCAACACAGUGGGACAUGUCGCUCAUCUCAACAUCCGAGAUGAGUACCUGCCCUACAAGAACAUCAUUGCUCAGGUCCUUCUGGACAAGAACCCUCACAUCAAGACCGUUAUCAACAAGAUCGAUAAUGUCGGUUCAGAGAACGAGUUUAGAACCUUUGCCUACGAAGUUCUUGGAGGUCCCGAUGACCUGAAUGUCGAGGUCAGCGAGGCUGGCUGCACUUUCAAGUUUGAUUACUCCAAGGUGUACUGGAACAGCAAGCUCGAUACCGAGCACAAGAGAAUCGCAAGCUUUUUUCAACCUGGCGAGGUUGUGGCAGAUAUCAUGGCUGGUAUUGGGCCUUUCGCCGUCCCAGCUGGUAAGAAGGGCGUCUUUGUUUGGGCCAACGACAAGAACCCAGAGAGUUACCGCUACCUUGAGGACGCGAUCCGUAGGAACAAGGUCUCGGAGUUUGUCAACCCUUUCAACUACGAUGGCCACGACUUCAUCCAAAAAUCUGCAGACCUCGUUCUCGAAGCAUCAAAGCGCGGCGACUGUGCAGUUGUUAAGCCCCCCAGACCAUCAAGAAAGUCCACAGCACCGCCUCCGGAACCCGUCCGAGUACCCGUGCCACCAACCAUCUCACACUUUAUCAUGAACCUUCCCGCAUCUGCAAUCGAAUUUACUCACAAUUACCGUGGCCUGUACCACGGACACGAGGAGCUCUUUGAGCCUCACACCGAGACCAAGCUACCAAUGAUCCACGUCCACUGUUUCUCGGUCAAGGCUGAUGACGAGACACCGCUGAACGACAUUUGUGAACGCAUUCGCAAAGAAAUUGGCGUCUUGCUCAGACCCGGAGAUCCCGAGAAUAAAGGCGAAGUCCUCAUUUACGACGUACGAGAUGUUGCACCAGCAAAGAGAAUGUACUGCGCUUCGUUCCGCCUACCGCGUGAGGUUGCCUUUGCCAGUAGGGCUUAG